AUGCUCUCACAACUCAAACGCCGAUUUUCCCGACGCAGCAAGAUCCACGGAGAAGACGACGACUUCCCCAUGAGCCUCUCGAACAGCAACAGCGCCAGCUCCCUGCCCCCCGUGGACGAGCACAACGCCUGCGAGUACCUGGAUACGGCGCUCACGGUCUUUGUCAUCGGCGCGUCCGGCGACCUGGCCAAGAAGAAGACGUACCCUUCACUCUUCGCGCUCUACACCAUGGGCUACUUGCCCGAGCACGUCGUCAUCGUGGGCUACGCACGCAGCGCCAAGAGCGACGAGGACUUCCGCACGCAGAUCGCAGCGUGGAUCAAGCCCAAGACGCCCGAGGGCGAGACCCGUAAGACCGCCUUCCUCUCCAAGUGCAUCUACCGCAGCGGCAACUACGACUCGGCCGAGGACGUGGGCAAGGUGAGCAAGGAAAUGGAGGCGCUCGAGGAGGCCCAAGGCUCGCCUGUGGCCAACCGCCUCUUCUACUUCGCCAUCCCGCCCACUGUGUUCGUGCCUAUUGGCACCAGCAUCAAGAAAGCGGCGCUCACCACUCGCGGCUGGAACCGCCUCAUUGUGGAGAAACCUUUCGGCCACGACCUCGACUCGUUCGACAAGCUGUCGAAGGACAUGGGCGCGCUCUACGGAGAAGACGAGAUCUACCGCAUCGACCACUACCUCGGCAAAGAGAUGGUGCAGAACCUGCUCGUGUUGCGCUUCGGCAACGCCAUCUUCGAGCCCAUCUGGAACCGCAACUACGUCUCCAGUGUGACCAUCACCUUCAAGGAGGACAUUGGCACUCAAGGCCGCGGUGGCUACUUCGACUCGUUCGGUAUCAUCCGUGACGUCAUGCAGAACCAUCUGCUCCAGGUGCUGUCGCUCAUUGCCAUGGAGCCGCCGGUGCUCGCUGCCGGAAAGGACUACUCCAACUACAUCCGCGAUGAGAAGGUCAAGGUGCUCAACUGUAUUGAGCCUAUCAAGCUGGAGAACACUGUGCUAGGCCAAUACCAGGGCGACAAGUCUCGUAAUGAGCCGGGCUACCUCGAAGACCCGACUGUGCCCAAGGGAUCAGUGACGCCCACGUUCGCCACGACGGUCAUGUGGGUGAACAACUCGCGCUGGUCUGGUGUUCCAUUCAUCAUGAAGGCUGGCAAGGCUCUGAACGAGCGCAAGGGUGAGAUCCGCGUGCAGUUCCGUCCGCCUCCUGGAGCGGAGCACAUGUUCCCGGGUGUCAAAAUCCCCGUGCAGGAACUGGUGCUGCGUUUGCAGCCGGAGGAGGCUGUGUACAUGAAGAUGAACGUGAAGAGCCCCGGUCUGCAGACCCAGGCGAUCUCGAGCGAGCUGGACCUGUCCUACGCCGAGCGCUACGAAGGCGCAGAGGUUCCGGACGCGUACACUCGUUUGAUCCUGGACGUGCUGCGUGGUAAGCAGGCUGCUUUCGUUCGUGACGACGAGCUGCGUGCUGCCUGGAAGAUCUUCACGCCGCUGCUGAACGAGAUCGAGGGCCAGAAGGUGAAGCCGCUGCCGUAUGCGUUCGGCUCGCGUGGUCCCAAGGAGAGCGACGAUCUGGUGAACAGGGUGGGCUUCCAAUACCACCACGGAGCGUACCAGUGGCAGCCCCGUUCGCGCACCACCAGUGCGCUCUAA